GCUCGGCUUGUUCCCGGCAAUAGCGGGUCCGAGCACGAGCGAUCCCCGGCCAGUUCCCUUGGUCUGGACUUGCCGGCCAGGCCUAUUUCGGUCUCCGGUAAUCCAGCAGAAGCCCGGCCGGAGCUGGGUAGGCACGGCUGCCUCUGAGGUGGUAAAAUGUGCUGCGAGAAGUGGAGCCGCGUGGCCGAAAUGCUUCUCUUCAUUGAAGACCGGGGUGAAGAUUGUAAAAUCCUUUGCCUCUGCUCCAGGGCGUUUGUGGAGGAUCGAAAAUUGUGCAAUUUGGGAUUAAAAGGCUACUAUGUCAAAUGCAGUGGCAACAAUACAGGAGACCGUGCUGCAGAAGAGGAGGAAGGUGGUCAAUCCCAGGGUGCUGCAGAGUCAUGCGACAGCAAAGGCCUGGACGAGAGUGAACUUGAUUCGGAGGCUGAACUCAUGAGAAGUAUGGGGUUGCCACUUCAAUUUGGAGGGAUUGCUGCACAUAAAAAUUUUGAGGUGUCUAUGAAUACUAGAAAUAAAGUUAAAAGAAAGAAGAAAAAGAAAAAGCUUCAAACAAAGUACUUAAAUGAAAUUAUGCAAGAAUCUUGGAGAAAAUAUGAAGAAGAUGACAUUUUGGAUUCAGAUGAUCCGUCUUCAGUUGAACAAUAUGAGAACACCAGAACAUGUAAACUUCAAAGUAAAAAAGACAUUGAAACAGAAAAUCUUCCAGUUGAAAAUACAUCGUCACCAAAGCUAGAAAUAACGGAGAAAUGGGAAAAGUAUUGGAAUGAAUAUGGAGGAGGACUGUUGUGGCAAAGCUGGCAAGAGAAGCAUCCAGAUCAGACACUGUCUGCUGAACCUUGGAGCUUCCCUGAUACAAAGGAAGAGUGGGAGCAGCAUUACAGCCAACUUUACUGGUGUUAUUUGGAACAGUUUCAGUAUUGGGAGGCACAGGGCUGGACUUUCGAUGGCUCACAAGACUGUGAUAUGGAUAUUUGUGCAUCUAAAACAGAAGUUGAAAGCAAGAAAGAUGAAAACUGCGUGAAAGUUGACUUAAUGUCUUUUCCAUCUUCACCUGUUAUAGUAGAUAAUGACAACUCUCGUGCAAGUGAUAAGGAUCAUAAUGAAAUAGUUGAUGGAAUUAGUAACAUAACUCUAAAUUCAGAGGAAGUCGAACAGGGCCAAUUAGAUUGCUCUGUAAGUUGCAACGGUUGCCAGCAGCUCGGUGAAGUUGUUAGCAGCAGGAUAGAGUGCCCCACAUCUGGCCAAAGUGAACCAGGUAAUGGCAGAACUAAGGAAAACCGCUCAUCUGGGAAUAGAAGCACAGACCAGCCAGCUCAGGAUUCACAGGAGUCUUCAGGAGCAAACACAAGCAGAGACAGACCACACCCCAACGGUAUUGAUGGAGAGGACAGUGACGAUGACCCACCUGAGCACAAGCCAACCAAACUCAAGAGGAGCCAUGAACUGGACAUCGAUGAAAUCCCAGAUCCAGACCUUGAUGACAGUGGUUCCCUUCUAGGAUUCAAGCAUGGCUCAGGACAAAAAUACGGCGGGAUUCCAAAUUUCAGUCACCGGCAGGUCAGGUAUCUAGAGAAGAAUGUGAAGCGUAAGUCCAAGUUCUUGGACAUGCGCAGGCAAAUAAAGAUGAAAAACAAGCACAUCUUCUUUACGGAAGAGUCAGAAAAACCAUUUCUCAAGAAAAGCAAAGCUCUGAGUAAGGUAGAAAAAUUUCUAACAUGGGUGAAUGAACCAGUGGAUGAAGAGGCAUCACAGGAGUCAUUUUCUCACGACAAUGUGCAAGACACUUGCACCAGCAGUGAUUCAGAGGAACAAGACAUGGCUGUUAAAAAAGGUGGUGACCCACUGGAGACUGGGAAUCCAGAACCAGAAAGGUGUCAGGCCUCCUCUUCAGCUGGUGGACUUGAAACAGAAAUAAAUGAAGGAGCCAGCUUGGGGGCAACUGUUCCAGAGAAGGAGGAUUGUGUCACUCCAGACACAGCAGACUCUCUUCAGGCAGAAACUGAAGUUGGAAGAAAAAAGAAGAAGAAAACCAAGAACAGAAGGGUAAAUGGUCUGCCUCCUGAGAUAGCUUCUGUUCCUGAACUAGUAAAAUACUGGGCCCAGAGAUAUAGGCUCUUUUCCCGUUUUGAUGAUGGGAUUAAAUUGGACAGAGAGGGCUGGUUUUCAGUUACACCUGAGAAGAUCGCCGAGCACAUUGCUGGCCGCAUCAGUCAGUCCUUCAAGUGUGAGGUAGUAGUGGAUGCUUUCUGUGGAGUUGGAGGAAAUACCAUUCAGUUCGCCUUAACAGGAAAAAGAGUGAUUGCCAUUGAUAUCGACCCUGGUAAGAUUGAUCUUGCUCGUAAUAAUGCAGAAGUUUAUGGUGUAGCAGAUAAGAUAGAGUUCAUCUGUGGAGAUUUCCUGCAACUGGCUUCUGGUUUAAAGGCUGAUGUUGUAUUCCUCAGCCCACCCUGGGGAGGGCCAGACUACGCCACCGCAGAGACCUUUGACAUUAGGACGAUGAUGUCUCCUGAUGGCUUUGAAAUUUUCAGACUUUCCCAGAAGAUCACUAAUAAUAUUGUUUAUUUUCUUCCAAGAAAUGCUGAUGUCGACCAGGUGGCAUCUUUAGCUGGGCCUGGAGGGCAAGUGGAAAUAGAACAGAACUUUCUUAACAACAAAUUGAAAACCAUCACUGCAUAUUUUGGUGACCUGAUUCGAAGACCAGCCUCUGAAACCUGACCGUGAGGCAG